AUGUGCUGCGCAUCAGAAAAAGUUGUGCUGUCAUCUCUACCCACUCCACCGGAACCUUUACUAUCGCUUCUUGCUGGCAAUUCUGAUGAUUUGAAAUUAUUUUUGCGCAAAAUACGCAAAAUUAAUUCUUGCUUCCAAAUGACGUCUUUUGGGGCAACUAAAAUUUGCAAUCUCACAUCUGAUGGACGUAAUUUUGAAACUACAUUUAAAAUACAAGGACAGGUGUACCAUAAAAUUGGGUCAUUGAUGCCAAUGCCUAAUGAAAAUACGAAGUUUCUUCAAAUUUAUUUUAUGGGCAGUUGUGAAGAACGCGUGACAACUUGGUGCGAAGUCUCACCACAAUUGCAAAAUGACAACUAUCAAAUCGUCAUUAAAGCCGACAAAGUACCAUUAGGAGGACAUGCUGGCAGAUUCAACGCGCCAACUGUUGAUGAGGUAGAUGUUAUUAUGGUUGUUGAUCCAGUUGACAAUAAUAGAGCUAUAAAAAUAACACGGCGGGACAACACUGUCAGUAUGAUUUCGGAUCUACACCAUUCAUAUAACGCACUCCAAUAUCCAUUAAUAUUUUGGCAACUAUUCCAUCAAUACAUUGUAGAUAUGUAUGCUAAGAUUGAAAGCGAACGCUUGCAAUUCAUUCGAUACAACCAGGCAAAAUUACAAUCGGAUGAAUACAUUCACUUACGAGAUGCUAUUUUCGAAAACGUCGAUGGGAACGUAAUCUUCAAUGUCAUCGGUAGUGCUUUCAUUUUACCUUCAAACAUACAAGAUGCAAUGACUUACGAAAUACAAGCUUUACUAUUACCAGGACAACAAUCAAUACAUCGUCAUGAUAUAACUGCACGUGUGUUCAAACAAAAAUUGAAAUCCUUGAUUGAUUUCAUUGUUAAAUAUUCAGUUUUCGGUAACACACGUUGUUGGCUGUAUUCGAUUGAGUUGCAAAAGCGAGCCGAAAUUUCGGAUCCGUCAAUUGAUCAAGAAUUGUUUAAUAUUGAUACUAAUCACAUGAUCCACGGAUCCUGCGGUGCAUUUAACAUGACAUCACCAUGCAUAGAAAAUGAAAAUGUAAGAAGCGUUUUCCAAAGCAGUAUACGAAUGAUACCAUCACGGAUAUUGACGGUUACCCAAUGUAUCGCCGCAGAAAUACUGAGAAUGGUGGCCACACAUACACAAUGCGACUGUCGAAUGUCACAAAUCAAGUAG